AACAAAGCUGCAUUCAAGAUCACGAAUCAGUCAGCGCGGUGUGCUUGUGACAUUGUUAUCAAACAAAUAACUUACUUCACCAUCGCCAAACAACAUUAAAUUAGAUCGUUGUUACGUCUCUUCCGGUUUACUUCCUGCUGUGUAGUGAGACGUUCGCAAGCCGUGAUUAGCCAACAACCACAGCGUCGUGGCUACGGCUGCUACUGCUGCUACCGCUGCUGCUUUUUUUACUUCCUGAAUCCACAACAACAGUGUAAAAAGCGUCUGUUUGUAGGAGCCGUAGCUCAUACACUUUUUGUCGUCGCCCUGUGCUGCUGUGAUGGUGGAGGCUUCGGCUGCCUGCCUGUUCGAGGACAUCCAGUAUGAGGACAUUGAAGUGGAAGCGGCUGUGGGCAGAGGGACAUUUGGAGUCGUAUUCAAGGCCGUGUGGAAAGGAAAGGAUGUAGCAAUCAAGACCAUAGAGAGUGAGAAUGAGAGGAACGCUUUCCUUGUUGAGCUCCGCCAACUCUCCCGGGUGAAUCACCCCAACAUUGUUAAGCUGUAUGGCUCUUGUGAUAAUCCAGUGUGUUUGGUCAUGGAAUAUGCAGAAUGUGGCUCUCUAUAUAACGUCCUUCACAGCACAGACCCACAGCCCCACUACACAGCAGCUCAUGCCAUGAGCUGGUGUCUGCAGUGUGCCAAAGGAGUUGCCUACCUUCAUGCUAUGAAGCCAAAGGCCUUAAUUCAUCGGGACCUCAAACCACCAAAUCUUCUCCUUGUUGCUCGGGGGACUGUGUUGAAGAUAUGUGACUUUGGCACAGCCUGUGAUAUUCAAACAUACAUGACCAACAAUAAAGGCAGCGCAGCGUGGAUGGCACCAGAGGUUUUUGAAGGGAGUAACUACAGUGAAAAGUGUGAUGUGUUCAGUUGGGGCAUCAUCCUGUGGGAGGUCAUCACACGCAAGAAACCCUUUGAUGAGAUCGGUGGCUCAGCGUUUUGUAUAAUGUGGGCUGUUCACAGAGGUACACGCCCUCCUCUGAUAAAACACCUGCCAGAGCCCAUAGAGACUCUCAUGACCUGUUGCUGGGACAAAGAGCCCAGCCAGAGACCAUCUAUGGAGGAUGUGGAGAACACCAUGAACCAUCUCAUGAAGUACUUCCCAGGAUCUGAUGAACCACUCAAGCUCCCUCACCACUCUUCACCCAACAGGUCUGGCUCUUCAUCAUCUACAAGCACAGGUUCAUGUGCUGACUACACCAACAGCAAUAGAAGUGACAACAGCUCAGAACGCAGGAACUCGGUGGGCAGAGAGGAGACCCUGAAAAGUUUUGAGAACAAAUUUCCUCUUCAGUUCAAACCCAUAAAGACAGCCACAUUGCGAACUGGGUUGACUAAGAUGUCCAGCACAGACAGUCAACCAGGAUUAUCCCAGAGCCCCACCCACUGCACAAGCCCUGUUGCCACUGGCCAAUCAGAGCUGAGGAUGACGAUAAGUCCCACAGCUACCAAUGGUGUAGAUGGCUCCAUUCCUAUGGCCUACCUGAAACUGGACCACCAAUUACAGCCUCUCGCCCCAUGUCCAAACUCCAAAGAGUCCAUGGCUGUGUUUGAGCAGCACAUCAGAAUGGCUCAGGAGUUCCUUCGAGUCCAGUCGGAGAUUGCCCACCUUGUUCGGAGGAAACAGGAGCUUCAGUCUGAGCUGGAGCAGGACCAGGGCGAGCAGCACACCUCAUCCCGACUCAUCCAGGAGCACAGGAAACUGCUGGAGGACAACGGCCACCUGUCGGCCUACCACCAGGGCCUGAAGAGCAAACUGAGCCUGAUCAAGGGUCAGAGCCAGCAGCACAGCUAAAGAGAGGAAGCUGGACCACAACCAAUCAGCAACACCCUCACAGAUGAUUGGCGUUUUUACUCUGCGCAUGUCUGGAGUGACUCUCUCCUUGGAGGAUGAAAGGACAUCACUUCUCCUGACAGUUAAGUAGAGAGCCCUUUAUCCCGAAUAAAGAGGAUAUUAAAGACAUGGAUGAGAUUUUUAUAUGCAUAUACGUGGAAGUGCGGUUGUAUGAGGUACUGACAUAUAGUCAGUGAGUAGUCAUUGAAUGCACUGUGUAGUGCCAGGAACCAGCCUGAGACAUGGACACUCGCUGUCUCUGAAAACAUGCUUUGAUGUAUGAUAUUUUAAGAAUAAAUCUGACGCUUUAUCUCACCAUUAAAGAGCCUGUUUCUGAUUGGAAACUAUAAUUUGUACCCCUCACUCUGAUCAUUGACAUCAUUGAUUUUGUCACUGCAAUCCAAUCCAAUCUGCAUCCUUGGUCUGAUUAGUUGUAGGUCUGUCCACUUGUGUACAGAGUGGAUCUACGUCCAUUGGCCACGCCUCUUGGAAGUGGGAGGUGACUACACCCUUUCAAGACUCAUACUCAGUCUCAAAUGAGAUCGAGAUGCAGUCCGGACAAAAUAACAACUUAGAAGUUAAUGCUUGUGGACGAACAGCUCUUGUUUGGUUUGCCAGAGCGACGCCCACUUGAGUUUCCAAUCAGAAACAGGCUCUUUAAUGGUGAGAUAAAGCAGCAAACAUAUUAUUAAGAUAUUGUAGAAGUAAGCAGGUGUAGAUUUUAUUGUUUGUUGUUUCCUUGUGUCCCUGCUUGGCAGCCAUGUUUUGAGUAUGUGUGAGCCUUUUGCAUCUCAGGGUGGUUCUUGGCUCAGUUGGCAAACACAGCACAGUCAGCGCUGACUAUCUGUCAGUAAUUUGAACAACCACACAAAAAACCGAUCACUUUCAACCCACCACCAAUGCAGUAUUUUAAAAUAACAUUAGGAUUAAACCAUUGCUCAGUAUGAGAUUGCAAUCGUCAAAUCUGAUUGAAAGUGGUUAUUGUUUUGUUUGGGGGUUUUUUGGUCAGGAUUUCAAGAGUUCAGAUCAGGAGUUUUAUUGUGAAAUAGAAACUCUGAUGCAAAGGCAGCUGCCAUAACUAAAAGUGUUUUAAGACUCUUGGACUGGGACUCUCAUAAUGUCCUCCAUUCCUACAGUGUAUCACCUUUACAGUCACCGUCAUUUCUUUAGUUUAGGCAAAAUAAUGAGCAUAAUAAGUAAAAAAUAAAGGGGAAGUGAGGGGGUACAGACCUGGAAAUGACUUAGAAUGUUAUAUAUAUAUGUAUAUAUACAUACAGUAUAUAUACAUAUUAAGAUAUAUUAAGCAUAGUUAAAACAUAAUUCAACCUUAACCUCUGUACAGAACCCACAGAAGUCAACACUUACUGUAUUUUCAACCAUCUAAAAGGGACAAAGACCACAAGUAUGAGUAAAACUAACUAAUGUGCAGAGUUAGGUCCAGUUUGAUAAAUAAUACAGUAAGUAUCAUUUCUCUUAUUCUCUUAGGGCCUUCAUAUGGGAUUUAACAUAAUAAAUAUGAAACUAUCACUUUUCACUGUAGGAAUGGACGCUCUGAUGAACUUUGAUUAAAGAUAGUUUUACAUUUCACUUCCCGGAUGGCCUUUGAGCCAACGAGUUUUACUUAGCUACCCCCCUAUUUAACAAAUAAAUAAAUAAAUAAAAUAAAAAAAUCUCAAAGUGACUACAGUUAUGAAAUCCUUACUUUUUUACAUUCAGGUCAUUGCAGCAUUUGUGCUGCGUUUUAUAAAAAAAAAAAAAAAAGGUUUUGCUUGAUGUGAAUGUAACCUAAUGAACGACUCUGCUAAAGGUCGCAGAUUUUCUUAUCUGUUACAUUUCAGUUUUUUCUUGAGUUACUUUUGACACAUUUCACAGAGUUAUAUGAACUUAAUUCUCUACUGCACUGUUUGGGUCAAAGGGAUUUUCAGCAUGCGUUGUACUCUCACUUUACGAUGGUGACUUACUUUGCCAAUGAUUGUUGUUUAAAUGCUGCCUUGGGUUGUCCUUUUACAUUUUAUUUUCACACAUGAAUUUGUUAUACUUUCUGUUUUAACAUGUACAGACUGUAUGUAUGUAUAUGCUUUCAUAAAGUAAAGAAAGUGUACUCUGGUU